AUGUACGGUACUCGUACAGGAGAUACAUACCGGUACGUACUAGCACUUCAAGUACUGAAAUAUUUUAAAUUUGAAAGAAACAUCAUGGUACUAUUUACAGUAUCGAACAAAAGCGAAGUACAGUAUCGUACCGUACAAAAAUCAAAAAUUGUUGCUUGGAACAACGACGGGACCCAUCUACAGCCACAGGCACCACAGUGUGAACAACUAGAAAGGGCUCAAUGAGGCUGCCACGAAAAAGACUACCAUCGCUUACUUCUGGGAGCAGGACGCAGUCCUGGCUUCCCGUGCUUGCCAUUGGCCUUCUUGUGGUUAAGAACGUCUUCUACUCUUCUAUCCCCGGGUUCAGGUGGGAUGACGUCGCGAUUUUAGCCAAAGUCAACACCGCCUUUUACAACGAUGAAACAGAAACAACUACAACAGCGCCAACAACAGCGCCAACAACAGCGGCAACCAAACGACCGCUGCAAGCCGAGCCACUGGGAGAGCACCCCUUCGUGGGUGCGAUCGACCCAACGGGCGAGUAUUUCGGAUACGUCCACGAUCCCACCGUGCUCCGAAGCAAAAGUAACAGCAAGAACGACAACGACAACGACCAACACAAACACGAAAACAACCCCUGGGAGUUUUCCAUUCGAGACGAAACCGAGCGGGAGGGCCUCUGCGCGCCCGUCGGCUACGGACCCGAACGGUGGAACUCGACCGUUUGGAACGAACGGAACGUCGGUUUUGAUUCGAGCAAUGCGGUCUUCGGGGAAAUCAUAAAGGUGGCAAGCCCGCCCCUUGCUACGGGGGGCAGCGACAACAACARCRACAGCGACAGAGACAUCAAGCUCUUCUGCGCCAUUUACACCCAUCCCGGAAACGACGAACAAGCCAACGCCAUUCGGCAGACGUGGGGGAGGCGCUGCGACGGAUUCAUGGCGGCGUCCACGGUCAGUGACCCUUGGAGCGCCACCGUCAACAUCCCCCACAAGGUCCACAAGAAAAACAAAAAAUUUAGCCAGCAAGGAUCCUACGGGGGGAUAUGGCAGCGCGUCCGGUCGAUGCUGGCGUACCUCUAUGACAACUUUCUGGAGGACUACGAUUUCUAUUACCUGUGCGGAGACGAUACCUACCUGAUCGUGGAAAACCUAAAGGCCUUUCUCAAAACCCCGGCCUUUGUCGAACACGCCGGUGGCACCGGGUACCCCCUGCCGGUCUACACCGGGGUGUGGAUCCAUCCGAACUGGGCGCCGAGCGUCCGGAAAAAGAAGGACAAGGAAGAUCCCUCCUUUUACUACAUGGGGGGAGGAGCCGGCUACGUCCUCAACCGCAAGGCAGUGGAGCUGCUGGUCACCCUGGCCUGGCCGAAGUGCCACGACAACACCUUUGCUGGCGAGGAGGACGUCCUUAUGGCGUUCUGCCUGCGGCAGUACCUCAACGUGACGGGGUACGAUUCCCGCGACGAAGAGGAACGGGAGCGCUUUUUCUGGUGGGACCUCGUGACCGAGGCGGAGGUCCGGGAACAGAGCAUCAACGAGGAGAGAAAGGUCCUGCACCUCGCUGGGCAGUUUGUCCGGAAGCAAACCCGCUGGAACGCAAAGCACCACGGCUGGACCCCCAGGUACGGUCCGCACGAUCGGAUCUCACCCACCGCCGUGGCCUUUCACAAGGUCAAACCGGCGGAAAAGAUGAAGCGGUACGAGCGGCUGUUCUACCGGACGGAGGCCCGGAACCCUGCACUGCACCAGAAGGACUGCGGCUUGGGUCUGGGGUGAACGGAGCGAGGCGAAGCGAAGUGGACCAAACCAAACGAAACGAAACGAAAACCGGUGGGAUUUCGAUAACGCGGUUUCAGAGCAAACGGUAAAACGGCGGUGUUUGCAGAGGAGUUCAAGGAGACUACCAUGAUUCUCGAUGGCGCAAAUCGAAUUCUGAUUCUGUUGUUGUUUGUAAUUGCCUGUAAGAUUGCGCAGAUCACAUCGUGGUUCGAUGGUUCGAUCGAGCGCAAGCAAGAACAGAAUCGAGCUUCUCGUUGGAUCCGAACCGCGGCUGGGUUUCUCGCACGAUCGGGAACGGGUGGCAAAGAGGGCAAAUGGCACGCACGGUAUGUAUCGUACGCAGGCGAGCGAACCUCCUGUCCACGGGAAACGAAAGGAUGCGAUGCAUCCCCGCCAAACAAACAUCGAAAUCGCCACCGGUGGCACCGUUCGGAUCCAUCCAAUCCCCGACGGCUAGGACGGACAACAACGAGAUUGCCCGGGGGUUUUCGAAACCCCGUCGAUUCACCAAGAGCGAAUAAUAUGCCGUUGCUACUGUUGCAUGUGGCUUCACGGAAAAGUACGAUAGGCUUUGUUUAAAUUAUCGCAAGAUUAUUUGCAACUCUAGUAGUUUGUUUCGUAAGAGAACGUUCGUUGAGUGAAGGGAAAGAAUCGUGAAUGCACAAAAAGUCGAGCUUUUUCUCGGCGUUAGAACGAAGUGCUCAAGCAUUGGUCUUCGUGCUACGAUUGUUGCAUGCAAUUCCUGCCUUUCGUCGUCGCGUGAUUCGGCUCUUGUUCUGUUUUGACUGGUCGGCCAUCGACACAUCUCUCCGAUGCCUCGGCCGCAAGAUAUUCUGUGCUUUGCUUUGUCGUCUCGGCAAUAGAAAUUCGGUUAUAUACAAGAAAGGGAAAAGAAGAACGACUGCAGUGGUGAAAGCACACCAAGUCAAAUCAAAUCAAAUC